AGACGCCUUUAUCACCAAUGUCUCAACAGCCUAAUUUGACACAUGAGGUAUGUAACCAAUAAAUAUUGUUGAGUUUUGAAGUAAUAUUUGGAAACUUUUGUACAUAUUCUUGAAUGCAUUCUUGAUUUUUGCAGGAGACAAUGAAUGAAUCAGAUGAUGACACUCCUGCCCUUGAUACUCAAGUAUUCUCUCCUAAUCUGACAAAAAGAGGUAUAUGCUCAAUGAUAUUGUUUUCACAGUUGGAGUUUACAAAUUAGUUUUGGGUGAUUUUUUUUACAUAUAAAGGCUUUUCUGAUUUUUGACAGAAAGAAACAAGUGAGUCACCUGCUGAGAGGCCAUCCAAUCCUAAUCAAGAUGGAAAACCAGAUGAUGAGGUAAUAUUUAUUCUAGAAAUUAUAGUUGAAUGUAUUCAUGAUGGCCUUUCCUGAUUUUUUUUUGCAGAUUGUGAGAGAGAAAUUAACAAGGGAGUCACCUGCUGCUCAGAGUCAAGCUUCGCAGAAAGAAACAGUGGAAAUGAAUGAGACACCUUCUUCUCCAAUAGCUCCAAAGAGUAUUGAAACUCCCGUUUAUACUCCAAGUCAGACUCAGCAGAUUGAGAGAGAGCCAUCGGAUGACACGCCUGCCCUUGAUAGUCAAGUUUUCACUCCUAAUCUGACAAAAGAGAGGGAAACACAAACCUCUACUGAUGAGACGCCACCCAAAACUAAUCAAGAAGAAGGAAAAACAAAUGAUGAGAUUGUGAUUGAGUCACCUGCUGCUCAGACUCAAGUUUCGCAGAAAGAAACACUGGAAAUGAAUGAGACACCUUCUUCUCCAAUAUCUCCAAAGAGUAUUGAGGCUCAAGUUUUUACUCCAAUUCAGAAACAGCAGACGGUAACAGAGGGAACGUAUGAGGCUACACAGCCAUUGACUGAGAUCAUUUCAGCAAACAAUAAAAAGGAGGAUAUACAUGUUGUGCAUCACACACCUUCCUCUCCAUUGUCUUCACUAAUUGCACUAGUUAUUGAGGAAAAUAAGAAUGCUUUGGUAAGAAGAAAUAUUUAAAAUGUUUAUGUAAUAUUUUUCUAUUCAACUAACUCUUACCAUUUACUUUUGUC